AUACUUUUAUUUUGUGUGGAUUGCAAAAAUAGCCUUGUGCUUCCCAUCCAAAAAGAUUUGGCCGUGAGAUGGCGUGAAGUUGGCCGUGAAGGUCGUACAUCUGGCACCCUGCUCAGUGACUGUUUGGCCGUGAGAUGGCGUGAAGUUGGCCGUGAAGCUCGUACAUCUGGCUCAGUGAACAUGGCGGCACCGGAGGGGACGAGUGUUGAGACUCUUACUGUAACACUGAACACACUGAGGACACUCAGAAGUAGUGUUACCCUUUUUUUCAAAUUCAUUUCAGAAGGCAAUAGAGAUGAAAACAGUAAUGAAGGCGACAGCAGUGUACACGAGGAGGCAAUGAAGGUCAUGGCUGAUGUUAAAUGCCAUUUACGAGAACUGGAGACUCAAGUAGCAGGUCUUAAUCCACCCUCAAACCCUGUAAAUCUGGGUAACACAGGGCUCUUGUCCUUGGACCCCUCACCAGAUAAACUACCACUCUACUACCAGCUUCUGGACUGUUAUACUUGGAUGGAGAAGGUACAUUGUUACUCCACCAUAAUGCACUCACUCUUUUCUGGAAACAAUCUCAAGAGAUCAUCGAUAUCAUUACCAUAUUCUGCUAAGAGGAGACGACCUGCUUCAUUAAACCACAAUGUACCUCAACAGCAAGUUGACAUGCUGAUUCAAGGAGUUAAUCAGAUGUUUCAAGACAUGACUCUAAACAUAUCCCGACCCUUUGGUAACAAUGCUGUAGUCCAGGUAUGUUAAUCCUUUCCAUUCAUGUAAUUACUUAUGUAUAAUUUAGGAGGCCAAAGUAUUGUA